AUGGACGGCGCGCCCCCUCCCGGGGCUGGCGCCCCCCCGCCUCGCGAGCCGGUCCCGGUGGAUCCUCCGCCGAUGGGCCCUCCGCCGCCGACCGCGGCGGCGGCGGCGGCGCCACCGCCGAUGGGUCCUCCCCCGACGCGCGCGGGUCCUCCUCCUCCCCCGCCGGCGUUCCCUCCUCCUCAUCAUCAUGACGCCGCGGCGUCGGCGCCGCCCCACGCCGCGCCCGCGCCCGCGCCCGCGCCGCCUCCCGCGCGUCCGCCCGCGCCGCCCCCGCCGCCCCCGGCGUGGCGACCCUCCGCGGUGUUCGAGCGCGCGCCCGGCGCGAUGACGUUCACGCCGAUCCCGCCGUCGUCGGUGCGUCCGGGGGACCUCGUCGCGACGCACGCGCUCGCGCGUCAGGGCGCGUGGCGGCUCGUCCUGGACAAGACGAAGCACUUCCUGCUCACCCCGGGGAGCUCCCCGGGCGCGGGCUCGCCGCAGUGGCUCGCGGCGAAGACGUACCAGAUCGCGUCGCUGGUGAAGCUUCGAUCGCACGCGGCGGCGAGCGAAGAGAUGCGCGCGCUCGGGGACUUGGACGACCCGAGGUACAACACGAACGCGGACGGGAGCUGCGCGACGCCGUUCGCGCUGCGGUUGAUCCGCGCGGACCUGCCGCGGCUGUUGGGGAGGAUGAGCGAGUCCCUGGACGCGCACUACGCGCUCGCGGAGCGCUGCUCGCGCGAGGCGAACGCCGCCGCGGACGAAGAUGAAAAAACGCGGUGGUCGCGUCGACGAGACUGCGCGCUGCACGCCGCGGUGAACCUCCACCUCGGCGCGAAGGACCACCUCGCGGCGCUCGCGCGGUUGGACUGGCUCGCGCGGCGGUGCGCGUCCACCGCGGAGCGCGCCGUCGUCCUCUCCCUCGCCGGCCGCGUGCAUCUGCACUUGGGCGACGUCGACGGCGCGCGGAUGUGCUUCGACGCGGCGGCGGCGGCGGCGGGACCGGAUGAUGAGCCGCGCGACGACGACGACGGGUACGACUACACGCGCGCGCAGAGAGCCAUCGACGCGGGGCUGCUCGCGUUCGCGACGAAGGAGUACGCGACGGGGAAGAAGCACUUCGAAGACGCGCUGCGCGUUUCGCCGAGGGACCCGAACGCGGCGAAUAACCUCGCGGUGGCGCACGUGUACGUCGGCGACCUCGCGGGCGGGGUGAAGGUUUUAGAGCGCGCGAUGACGACGGACGUCACCGCGAACGCGCAGAAGGAGUCGCUCGCGACGAACUUGUGUUCGAUGUACGAGCUGCUCGCACCGGAGCCGGUCGUCGCGAAGCGGGCGCUCGCGGGGUGGCUCGGGAGGGUCGCCCCGGACGAUUUGGACCUCACGUGCACGCGGUUGUGA